GAUGGAUUUCACGGAAGCCUACUCGGAUCGGUGCUCUGCCGUGGGGCUGGCGGCCAGGGAAGGCGACGUUAAAGUGCUGAGGAAGCUCAUCAAGCAGGGAUACAGCACUGACGUUCCCGAUAACAGGGGCUGGGUGCCAGUCCACGAAGCAGCAGCUCGUGGUUCGAGUGAGUGCCUGAAGCUGCUUGUUCGUGCAGCUCCAUCUGAUGACUAUGUGAACUCCAAGACGUUUGAAGGGAUGUCUGCACUGCACCUUGCAGCACGCCGUGGCUCUGUGGAAAGCAUCCGUGUUCUCCUGGAGGCUGGGGCUGACCCCAAUGACGUUACCAUGGAAAGAACCACCCCCCUGUUCCUAGCUGUUGAAAAUGGCAAUACAGACUCUGUAACUUUCCUGCUCCAACAUGGGGCGAAUGUUCAAGGACCUCAUUCCUUGUCUGGAUGGAAUUCUUUGCACCAAGCUUCUUUACAGGAAUGCACUGAGAUCAUGCAAAUGCUCCUGGAGAAAGGGGCAGACAAGGAAUGUAAGGAUGACUUUGGAAUUACGCCGCUCUUUGUUGCUGCUCAGUACGGAAAGCUGGAGAGUUUACGACUGCUCAUAUCCCAUGGUGCAGAUGUAAACUGUCAAGCCAGGGACAGAGCCACUCCACUGCUGAUAGCUGCCCAGGAGGGCCACCUCGAGUGCGUGAGGCUGCUGUUAGCCAGUGGGGCAGACCCAAACCUCUACUGCAAUGAGGAUAACUGGCAGUUACCUAUUCAUGCAGCUGCUGAAAUGGGCCAUGACAAGAUACUAGAGUUACUAAUCCCAGUUACUGAUCGAAUCUGUGACAAAGGCAAAGGCAAAGUGAGCCCUGUGUAUUCAGCAGUGUAUGGUGGCAAUAAGGAAUGUUUGGAGAUGUUACUCAGAGAAGGCUACAGUCCAGAUGCUCAGGAGUGCCUUAGCUUCGAUUGCAGGUCACCCAUGUGUAUGGUCUUCCAAAAGAAGUAUUUCUGUUUCAUUGAUACUUUCCUGAAAUACGGGAUCACUUUACUGGGCAUUAAUCUGGGCUAUUGCCUGUACCAUGAGAAGUUUGCUUUGUUCCAACGCUUCUUGAAGCUGGGCUGUUUGCUGCCUUCUGGGGACCAGCUCUGGGACUUCCUGAGCUACACAAUUCAAGCCCAAGAGGCGUACAAGCAGUGGCUGCCUUAUCUGCUCCUGGCUGGUUUUGACCCAGUGAAUUUAAUGCACAGACUCUGGUAAGCAGAUAACGUUAUCUUGACUGUGGGAGAGAAUGCCCUUAAUUUCACUCUGGAGUUCACCAACUGGAAGAGACUUCCUCCAGCUGUGGAGCAAGACCUCUCAGAAUACAAGGAGACCUUCACUUGGACUCCAAAGAGCCACUUUGCCUCCAUUCCUCCCCUGUCCCACCUCUGCCGUCUCGAGAUCCGGGCCAUCCUAAGGAGCGAGCGCCUGCGAUCGGACCGCUUUAUCCGGGAAUUGCCACUGCCAGCUUGCCUCCAGGACUACCUGCUCUACUUGGAUGUGCUGCGAGUCAACGGCAUCCCAGAAGCAGAGGAUUACCUGGGGCAGAGAGAGGAGGGAGCUGCUCCUUCCACUGGAGAUGCAGAGAGGAGGGACACUUGUGCCACUGGGACUAGGUGAUGGCGCUGCCAGGGACAGAGCUCUGGCUGCAGUUUGUAACGGCAGUUAGCAGGCACUGGAGAAGAGCCACUGUAAAUAAAGCAGUAAUAACUCUUCCCAUGCUGUA